AUGGGCAUCGCCGAGUCCACCCUGGACGAGCUGCCGUCGGACGCGGAGGAGCAGCUGCGCCACGGCGAGCAGCAGCUGGAGCUGAGCGGGCGGCGGCUGCGGCGCCUGCCCAGCGCCGUGUGCGCGCUGAGCCGCCUGGAGAAGCUGUACGUGAGCGGCACGGGGCUGCGCGAGCUGCCGGAGGAGAUCGAGGAGCUGCGCGAGCUGCGCAUCCUGGCGCUGGACUUCAACAAGCUGGAGCGCCUGCCCGACGGCCUGUGCCGCCUGCCGCGCCUCGCGCGCCUCUACCUGGGCGGCAACCGGCUGCUGGCGCUGCCCGGCGACUUCGCCCAGCUGCAGAGCCUGCGCUGCCUCUGGAUCGAGGGCAACUUCCUGCGGCGCUUCCCGCGGCCGCUGCUGCGCCUGGGGGCGCUCCAGUCGCUGCAGAUGGGCGACAACCGGCUGCGCGCGCUGCCCGCCGACCUGCCGCGCAUGACGGGCCUGCGCGGCCUCUGGCUCUACGGCAACCGCUUCGAGGAGUUCCCGCCCCCGCUGCUGCGCAUGGGCCGCCUGCAUAUCCUCGACCUGGACCGCAACCGCCUGGGCGGCUUCCCGGACCUGCGCCCGCUGCGCUCGCUGCGCGUCUUCUCCUACGACCACAACCCGGUCACCGGACCGCCGCGCGUCGCCGACACCGUCUUCCUCGUGGGCGAGGGCGCCGUGGAGCGCAUGGCCGAGCGCGACGAGCCCGUCCCCCGGCGGCCACCCCGGCGGCCGGCACGGGCCUUCGAGGAUGACGAGGAAGAGGACCUGCUCAUCGGGGGCGGGGGCUCCCGGGCCCUGGGGGCCCCGGGGGGCAGCCUGCGCACUCUGGACGCUGCUCCAGGCCUGGGCACCUGA